AUGAAGACUGUCGCGGUUCUUUCUCUGCUGGCCUCGUUGGCCUCGGCGGCUUCGCUGACGCUGGUCACGGAGAACUUUGGUCCUAACCCCCGCAACAACCCCUUCUACAUCUACGUCCCCGACGUCCUCCCCCCCAACCCAGCCAUCCUCGUCAACCCCCACUGGUGCCACGGCACCGCUCCCGCCGCCUUCUCCGGCUCCCAGUACGCCACCCUCGCCUCCCAGCAUGGCUUCAUCGUCAUCUACCCCCAGUCCUCCCCCGCCCAAGCAAACUCGGACAAGUGCUGGGAUGUCUCCUCCAAGGAAACCCUCACCCACAACGGCGGCGGCGACUCCCUCGGUGUCGUCUCCAUGGUCAAGUGGACAAUCAACAAGUACAACGCCGACCCCAAGCGCGUCUUCGUCACCGGUGUCUCCUCCGGCGGCAUGAUGACCCAGGUGUUGCUUGGAUCUUACCCCGAUGUGUUCGCUGCCGGUGCCGCCUUUGCUGGCGUUCCCUUUGGCUGCUUCGCCCCUGCUGGGAACAACACCGGCGCCUUUGGCUACUGGAGCGAUGAUUGCGCCAAGGGGAGGGUGACCAAGACUCCGGCUCAGUGGGCCGACUUGGUCAAGAGCGCCUACCCGGGGUAUGAUGGGUGGAGGCCAAAGUUGCAGUUGUUCCACGGGACGAAUGAUGAGAUUUUGGAUUAUGUCAACCACCAGGAGGGGAUUAAGCAGUGGGCUGAGGUGCUUGGGGUUGGGAUCACACCUGUUAGUGUUACUCCUAAUACUCCUAUCAGCGGGUGGACGAAGAGUGUGUAUGGUGCGGAGGGUUGGUUGGAGGGGUAUAGCGCUGCCGGGGUGCCGCAUGAUAUUCGGGUGCAGGAGGCGACGGUGAUGGCUUUCUUCGAGCUGGCUUGCAAGGGGGAGGAUUGCUUCCGGUGGGGGGAUAGCGAGUGGUGUGAUGCUGAGCCUAGUGCUACGACGAGCUCGGUUGUGGUUUCGAUGACGGGGGCGCCGGUUACGACGACGAGCACGAGCUCGACCAGUGUGAGAGUGACGACUCCUAGCGCUACUAGCACCAGCUCGAGGGUGACUACCACGUUUGUGACUUCUACUUCUACCGCUGCGCCAGUUGCCGGCCAGCCUUUGUGGGCACAGUGCGGCGGCAUGGGAUUCAACGGUCCAACAGCAUGUGCCGUAGGAACCUGCACCAUCUACAAUCCCUAUUACGCUCAGGUAAAUCCCCAAUAG